AUGCUGAGGCACUUUAUGAGGCUUGAUAUUGACAAUGAUCUGCUGACGGCAAUGGCAGAGCGAUGGCGCCCCGAGCUGCAUACCUUUCACUUUCCCGAGGGUGAAAUGACGAUCACCCUCAAAGAUGUUGCCAUCCUCACCGGGCUCCCGAUCACUGGAGAUGCCAUCAUCGACAACUCGAGAAAACCAGAAGAUGGUUGGGGGCCAUUGAUUCAACAACGUUUGGGGUUCAACAUGCCGACCACCACGCCCGUCGAAGGUCAGGGGCAUCCACCACUGAAUGCGGGGCAAGAAUCGAUCCCGUGGCUUGUUGACCACAUCCAGAUGGAGGUUAAUAUAGGCCCGGAUACUCCUGAAGAUCAGGUGGAGCGGUAUGCACGUGUCUACCUAAUUGGCUUGGUUGCAUCCCCACCUCAAGGGUUCAGGGAGCUCCACGCCAUUGACCUACACUACACCAAAAAGGAUUGGACCCGCAAGCAUGAAUUCUACAUCAACAUAUGGGAGAAUAGAAAUCAGUGGGUUGUACAAGGGGUGCCGGAGACGAGGCCAAUGGGGUACCACGAUGGCUACAUGCGGUGGUAUCGGAACUUCACGCUAAGAUGGGUGUCAAAGCAAGUCCCUGCAAAUUUUGUCGGACUAGAGGAGCGCCCAGAUCUCCCUUACUUCGUCGACAGCUCUUCGAUUCGAAGAAGCAGACCGAAGGAUUGUCAGAGCUCUAGAUUGCAGAUCCACCCACGUUUCCCUUCUCUGAGCGACGAUCCUUCUCCUCCAUCAAUGGGUCAAUUUCUGAGCUGGGCAUAG